UAGGGGUGGUUAGAGCAAACAUGAUACGUUACGCGAUUGUCCUAUUUCUUGCGUGCGCGCAGGCUAUGCCUGCUAUAGACAAGGAGGCAAACGAUCCAGGACUAGUUGGGAGUGUGUUAGGUGUCGUUAAGGAAUGUGUUGAUGGCGACGUAUCAUUAUGCCUGAAGGAGAAAGCGCUAAAAUAUGUGGAGACACUGUCCUCAGCGAGGGAGAUGAACCUGGCUGAUGGAGUUACCCUUCUCGGCUCUGGUUCUCCAAGGUCUGCGAGGGCGUUGGAGCCUUUAUCUGAAGAGCCUAAAGCAAGAGAGGCCCAGGUAGAGUCAAGGUUGAUGGAUACGGCUGCUGAUCUAUUAGAGAAUCAUGUCAUACAGUUCAGGCUGCCAACUUCAGCUGUUGAAGGCAUGAAGCGAUCACUUGAAGAAGCUCGUGGCAAGAAGAAGAAGAUUAAGCAGCUCAUCCCACUUUUGGCUUUGGCUAAACUCAAGAUCACAGCUCUAAUUUCUCUAUUCCUGGGUAUCAUCGCCUUCGCCGCCGCCAAAGCCCUCCUUCUUGCCAAGGCCUCCUUACUUGUUGCUGGAAUCAUCGCUCUCAAGAAACUCUUGGCCCACAAACACCACGAUACCAGUUAUGAAGUCGUAGCUCAUCCUCAUCACGAGGAACAUUACGCCAGCAGUGGACAUGGAUGGGGACGAGCUAUUGAUGAAGCCCAAAACUUAGCUUAUGGUGCCCACGUGAAAACCGACUAAAUUUUAAAUUUCAAUGUAAGGAAGUGUUCCACAGGCUUGUAACCUAGGCCUACCCAAAUAUUACGUAAUAGUCAUCGAAUUUCCAAGCAUUUGAAGUACAAUGACUUUAUUUAUUGUUAGCUUUAAGAUAUAUUUAUUUGAGUAUUUAUUGAACGACAUCCCUAUGUGAGGGUUGAUAUUACCGAAUGAGAUUGUUUUGUUUUCAUAAAUGUGUUCUGAAUUUGUAUGAUAUUCUGUGUAAUACUAUAUUAGUAUUUAUUACAUACUCUAUACGGUAUCCGUAUUUGUGUAUUAUGUCUUUUUUAUAAUUCUUAUUUCUUAUUUAAAAUGAGUACUUAACUUAUUUAAUUUAUAGAUAUUAUUAGUACCUUUUAUUUUUAAUAACUUUUAUUCUAGUCCUACUUUUCUAAGUCCUAAUUUUGUUAAUUUAUUUAGUAUAACUUUAUCUAUUUAUAUAUUCCCUAUCUUAUAUAAUGCUUUAAUUACAAUGUGAUAUUCUAAUAUAUAAGUAUAUAUAGUAAUAUUGUAUGUACAUAUUAUAUAUUAUUUAUUCAUAUUUAUCGU